AUGUCUAGUCUGUUGUACGCUUCAUCACCGCAUAUUACAGGCCGUCGUGAAUCGGAGCCUGGGUUCUCGGAUACUACAACACCCAAGGCACUGGAUAUUGCAGUACCGGGUGGAUUCCGACGUCAUCAUCUUCAGACGACAGUUCGACCCCCUGUGUCCAGAGCAUUGCGUAAUCAGAUCAUUGACCGUAUCAAUAGUGUGUAUGAUCCAUUUAUCGGUAGUAUAUUAAGUCAAGACAAUGAUGAAUACGAUGAAAUGAACGGUGAAGAACGAGUACAAAGUCUCUUGAUGACACCUCUAAACAAACGGGACAGACCAACGGAAAGCACAGAACUGCUUCAAAUAAAAGCUCCUCCCCCCAAGUCCAAGGAUAGCGACAAGACGACCACCUUGUGGCAUGCGUUGCUUACAUUACUCAAGUCAUUUGUUGGUACUGGUAUUUUGUUCCUUCCAGAUGGAUUUCGUAGUGGUGGGAUUCUCUUUUCACCACUAUGUUUGACUUUUGUGGCGGCACUGACGUUGUAUGCAAUGCUACGAUUGCUACAAUGUCGUGAGAUGGUUGGUGGUACAUACGGUCAUGUUGGAUUCAAAGCGUAUGGGUCUUGGGGACGUCGGAUGGUGCAAAUGUCAAUCAUUUUGAUGCAAACGGGGUUUUGCUGUACCUAUGUUAUCUUUGUGGCACAGAAUUUGUCGGAGGUGCUUGAGUUUUUGGGAUACAAUGUGGAUACAUCCUUGCUCAUUCUGCUACAAAUUGCAGUGUAUAUUCCGUUGUCAUGGAUCCGGUACAUUAGCUACUUUUCCAUUAGCAACCUCAUUGCCGAUGUGUUUAUCCUGUAUGGACUUGCUUUUAUUGUGGGCAAUAGCUUCUGGAUACUUGCUACGGAAGGUCCAGCCAAGGAUGUGGAACUAUUUAACCAGCAAGACUACACGAUCUUUAUUGGCACGUCGAUCUUUACGUUUGAGGGAAUUGGGCUUGUGUUGCCUACGCAAAGCUCUUUGAAUAAGGCGCGUCAAAAUCGCUUUCCCGGCCUGCUUACAUGGACCGUAGUAGGUUUGCUGUUCUUCUACUCGUUCUUUGCUGGUAUCAAUUACAUUGCGUUUGGAAGCAGCAUCACUCCCAUGGCAACUUCCAGUCUACCACGCAAUGGCUGGUCUAGUUCGGUACAAUUUGGCUACGCGUUUGCCCAGCUCCUGUCGUAUCCUUUGUUCCUGUUUCCUGCUGUGAAGAUUAUGGAGGAGAUGUUGGGCUUUCCUAGACGUGCAUCCGGUCAAAAAGUAGCCAAGAACUGUUUCCGUGCUGUGGCUGUACUCGCCACUGUUUGCGUUGCUUACUUUGGCCAGGAACGUCUCGAUCUCUUCGUCUCAAUUGUCGGCGCUUUCUGCUGCGUUCCACUAAGCUUGGUAUACCCACCGUUGUUCCACUUGAAGCUGACUCCGAAUUUGUCGUGGGUGGGCAAGCUUGUCGAUAUGUUCGUGAUCGUCGUAGGCUCGCUUACUUUCUUUUACGUCACGUACUCGAACCUGCAUUCGUGGAGCAAGUAG